AUGCACGAUUAUAAACACAGAUAUAAAAAAAGGUUCCUUUUUUACUAUUUACUGUUUAUCUUUCUUUUUCCCCAUUACAUUCAUUUAAGUCAAUAUGAAGUCGAUGAUAUUAUGUUUCGUUAUUCUGGUUGCCAUGACACUGCAAGCAGCGGCUGGUAUACAUGGAAAAAGAGGCACUGCUCGUGUCAUGGAUAUGAACAAAUUACUGGAUAAAAGAGGUCGAGGAACCUGGUACACGGGCGAUGGACUGAAAAACGCAGCAUGCUAUGGUCGAAAAGGACUGAGGCCAUGGAGUGCCUCUGUUAGAGAUAUGAUCGGAGCCAUGGCUAUGCGAGGAUUCGAACAGUGUUACAAGUGUAUGCAAAUCACCAACAACGACCACCCAAAACUAAAGAUUAUUGUCAAGAUUGUGGACAAGUGUGCAGGCUGCAAACUCGGAAAUGCUAUUGAUCUGACACCUAAAGCAUUCAAGUUGCUGUCAAAAGGAAAUUUGAACAUUGGUGUACUUAAUAUCAGUUUUAAGCCAGUAAGAUGUCCCAAGAAGAGGGGUCUACUGCCUGAUUUACCCGUCUUGUAAAAUAAUAAAUACACACACUCUCUUGUAUUGGGUUCCAAUUUGGUUCCGGAUUUCUAUUUCUGUUUGUGUUACUCCUUAAAACUAUUUUUGGGAUUUUUCAUUGCUAAAGACAAGCUUCCCGCCUACCGCUUCUGCAUGUGUAGUAUUCUUUUACACUUUAUUCAGAAAUUAUUC